CGUCUGAAGUCAAAGGAACCCUUUAAGAGGCGAUGAUGCAUAAAGAGAGAAUUUGUAAGGAAUCACGCUGCAAAAGUUUUUCGUCUGAAGUCAAAGGAACCCUUUAAGAGGCGAUGAUGCAUAAAGAGAGAAACUCAGCGGUGUGAAUGAAACGCUGGAGCUCCUCGGCUCAAACUUGGUGUAGCUGCAGUGAUCCAAACAUCUGGAGCAGCUGGACGGAGCCGUGCUGCCCUGCUGUCACACAGGAGGAAUCCCAGCACAUUUAAUCACUGAAAGUAAACUUCAGUCCGAGCUGCUUUCACACCGAUGAACGCUGAGAACCAAGAUAAACACGUGAAAUCUGAACACUUCUGACGAAAUCUCUGCUUAAAGAGAUGGCGUCCAAUGACAGCACCCAGGUGAGAGAGCUGCUGCAGCCGGACAUAGACAAGAAGAGCAAAGAAGGCUCAAGUCAGGCCUCCUCCUCCUCCUCCGUCCUCUGCUCCUCCUGCGGCUCUGCAGCCUCCAGCCCCGGGGCUGCAGGAGGUAGACGGGCGGAUGCAGGAGGUAGAAAGGUGGAUGCAUCAGACAGAAAGGUGGAUGCAGGAGGUAGAAAGGUGGAGGAGCCUGCAGUCGGUGUCCUGGUGCAGUUUGACGAGGCGGAGAGGACUCAGGUGGAGAGGACUCAGACGGAGAGGACUCAGACGGAGAGGACUCAGAUGGAGAGGACUCAGAAGGAGAGCGGUUCCUCCUCCUCGUGUUCUCUCCUCGACGAGCUGAAGCAUCUCCCGAAGUGUGACAUGAAGCUGGGACGCCUGAACUUCAGCAGGACGCACAACGUCCUCGUAGACGUGGCUUUGUUUAACCACGGAGCAGGACUUGUCCCUCAGGAGGGCAGAGACGUUUGGCUCAGUCACUGUGUGAAAAUGCCGUGUUCACCAUCCAGCAUCAUGACCGUCAAGUCGACCGUUUUGAAGACUCCGACUCAGAUGAAGCGCUGGGACGUGAUCAAGAAGCAUCUGGACGCUCUGGCCAAUAAGACGUCAGCGAGCGCCGACGACGUGGAGGAAGCCAUCCUCAAAUACAACCCCAAGUAUAAAGGUCAGUGGUCCUUCGACGCCCUCUCCUACUUCGUUAAGAUCGUCCCGAAAGAAGAAAAUUACUUCUCCAAACUGUUUCCCAAGAUGGCGGCUCUGGCUCUGAGGCUGCCGGAGCUCAUCAAGAAAGCCGUCCCGCUGCUGCAGAGAGGACACGCUGCCUCCAUCACGCUGUCACAGACUCAGAUCUCCUGCCUGCUCGCCAACGCCUUCUUCUGCACCUUCCCUCACCGCAACACCACCAGCUCCAACGCCGAGUACAGCAACUACCCGUCCAUCAACUUCACCAGUCUGUUUGGAGGUUGGUCGGAGAGGAAGAAGCAGAAGCUGCGAGCCGUCCUGCAUUACUUCAACGUGGUGACAGAUGAGAAAACUAAACUGAAAGGCCUGGUGACGUUUGAGAGACGCUGCCUCAGAGACACAGACAGCCCUAAAUGGAGGAGCUCUAAGGAGAAGAUGCCCAAACUGUUCGUCACGUCCCAGGGCACCAUAGAGACAGACGGGACCGGACUGCUGCAGGUGGACUUUGCCUCCAGCUGGAUCGGUGGAGGCGUUCUGGGCUCUGGUCUGGUGCAGGAGGAGAUCCUGUUCCUCAUGAACCCAGAACUCAUCGUGUCGCGACUUUUCACGGAGAAACUCGCCGACAACGAGUGUCUCAUCAUCACAGGCUCGCAGCAGUUCAGUCUGUGCUGCGGUUACAGUGACAGCUUUGAGUGGGCGGGGCCGUACGACGACCGCCUCGGCAGAGACGAGUGGGCUCGGCUGAAGAGGCAGAUUUUAGCCAUCGACGCUCUGAACUUCAGACACAGACGAGAUCAGUACAGCAUGAUCAAAGUCACCCGGGAGCUCAACAAGGCGUACUGUGGAUUUAAGGGUCACGGGCACCAUGAGCCCGACAUCGCCACGGGGAAGUGGGGCUGCGGAGCAUUUAAUGGAGACCCACAACUCAAAGCUGUGAUCCAGCUGAUGGCGGCAGCGAAGGCGAAGCGAGGACUCGCCUUCUUCACCUUUGAUGACGAGCUGCUGAAGCAGGGCCUGGAGCAGACGCACCACCUGCUGGUCACCGAGGGAACCACAGUCGAGAAACUGUUUGCAGUCCUGGAGGAUUACUGCGCUGCUCAGCAGGCGUCCGGCUCGGCUCAUGUCGAUCUGUUCGACUUCAUCAGAAACACGGUGAAACGCUCCAGGAGUCAGCUGUGACGACCCGAUCCUGUCUGCAGCUCAAUUUGCACAAAAAUCUAACAAGAAUGAAGAAGCUGCUUGAAUUCCUUUGUAAAGAUAAUUAUUAUUUUUUUGCAUUUGUACCAGAAUUUGAUAGCUGACAGUGUAGUGAUUGCCAAAGAGAAGGACCCCAGCUGAGUCUGAGCCAGGACUGUUUUAGUCACAUGGUAUGCCACUUAAAGGAUAGUUUGGAUUGUUUGAAGUUUGUUUUUAUGAGGUACUUAUAUAUAGUUUUGUUUCGUAUCUGUUUAUUUCGGUCAAUACAUGUCAUCAAAACAGAAGCAACAAACCAGAAAAAAAAACAUUGAUCAAAGUAAACAACAUGUAAACAGAGAGAGAAAAUUGAUGAUAGACCUUUGGACCGAAAAGGCUGAAGCAUAGCUUAUUACGCCUACCCUGUUACAACUCAAGUAAAUUUAAAAAUUAGAAAUGUACAAUCUGUUAUUUAUCAACAAAAGAAAUAAGCAGUCACAAAAGAGAGAAAAGAAAGAAGCUUAUUACUCAUUACUCUAACUUAUAUAAAUUAAUCAUCCUAUUUUUAAGUAUUUUUUUGAAUAAGUUAAUGGUAUUGCAAGUUUUCAAGUCUUUCUCCGUUUUGUUCCAUAAAUUAACGGCUGUUACCGUGGUGCAUCGCGAUUUGGUGUUAGUUCUGGUUUUUAACUUUGUAAAUAUACACACCCCUCUGAAAUGAUAAUGGCUUUGUCAAUGUAAAACAGCAAAUUCUAAAUUAAAAAGACAGUUUGCAGAAUCAAACCAUUAAAUUAUAUGUUUAAAACACCUAAAGUGUUAUAUAUCAGGUUAAUUGUACCCUAUAUUUAGAUUAUUUUCACUUUUUAAGUUCACACAGAGGAAACUGAAGCCAGUAUCUACGCUCUCUUCAAACCCACCAGACUCCAUUGAAAAAUUCAGCAGUUUUAGCUCACAGAAAACAGGACUUGCUGGUCUACCGCUGCCUUGAUCUGUCAGAUUCUGUGUUUUUGUGCGACUUUUGUGAAUCCAAACUAACCCUUUAAAUUUAAAAAAGUCACACAAUAACAUAAACAAACUAACCGAUUGACCAGCAGCUUCUGUGUUUUGCAAGAUAAAAUUUGUGUUUCUGUCAAUGGAGUCUGGUGGCUUUGAAGUGAGCAUAAAGGACUUCAGUUCCCCAUCAGAAAGGACUUUUUUUUAUAGUCUAAAUAUAUUUUCCACAUGAUUAUGGAUAAGUACCUGACAUACUAAUAAAUCCAAAGUAUUGCUUUAACUUGCCUCAGAAAUCUUCUGGAGAUAUUUACUUUAUUAAACAGCUCUGUUUUGCUGCCUUCGUGUAAAGGCGGGGCUCUUCUCACGUUCGGCCCAAACUUGCUGCUGUUCAUGAAAUUCCUUGUUGUUGUAAGUGAUCUGUAAUAAUUAAAGUUCAAGCAAAGAUGAUUGAUGAAGGUUUUUAAUCAGCUCCGUUUGUGUCUGGAGUCUGUUUUUCUCUUGUCUUCUGCAUUAAUACUUUAAUAAAUCUCCUGCAGUCACGGAUCUGAUUGUGCA